GAGGAUGCUUAGUUGGUCGAGCAAUAAGGAGCGUCCUAUUUCGAAGGCCGACCUUGCACCGAUGUUCAAGAAGACGAGUCCCCGGCCUUCGGAGAUAGAUUAUUAUAGCGCUCUGACGGAGGGUGAUGCUCCCUUGUAUCCCGGGUUGGGCCAAGAAGAAGAGGUAGAAACUCCCACUGAUUUUGAGAAGGUGGCGGAGAUAGCUGCUGAGGUUGCGAAGGCAGCAAAUAUUUUUGUUGAUGGCCCUGAUGAUGAGGAUACCCCAGUCCCCAUCGACCCCACACCCUUGGCCCCAGCCCCAUCGGUACACCCCAGUCCUGAUCAACCUGAUUUACGGGAGGUGUUGGAGAGGUUGGAGCGAGUCGAGAGUCGUCAGGAUACCAUCCUAGAGAACCAGGCGGUCAUCAUGGAUGCUGUCAAUAAGAUCUUGACAUUCGUACAAGAUCUUCCAAAUGAUUCUGAUUCUGAUUCCGACUCACUUGACCUCCCAGAUGAUUUUGUCUCACAUGACAUAGGCACUCCUCCCCCGAUAGUACUCACAGCAAAUCCUGAGACCCCAAGUGUUGCUAUUAUAAUGUUGCUGCAUAUUGAUGCGGCCAUGCAUAUGCUACGUAGGCGUCGACAGUUCUAUCCCGGGGCGUAUCGGCAAGAUGGUGUUGUGAUGAAUAUUAUGUUCUCACAAGUGGUACCGGCCCGUUAUGAUGCAUAUCAGAAUGCCAAGGAAGCGGAUAAGAAAAGGUUUUUGUGGGAUUCAGAUGUGAUAUCAAUGAUUACGGGAAUUGACAAUCAAUUUCUGGCAUCGUGGAAGGGAGUAGACACUGUAUAUUGGUGCCAGAACUACCUUCAAGCGCAUUGGUUUGCAGUUGAAGCCUCCAUUUCUACUUGGACUCUGAAUGUUUAUGAUUCGGACGUGACCGUGAUAAGUGAUAAACAACUGCAAUCUUUUAUGAAGUCAUGGUCUACUUUGUUCCCAUCGUUGUUAUUACAGUCACAACUUUUCAAGGACGACCCUCGGUUGACGAUUCCACCUGGAGCUAAAAGAUGCAAAGAGUUCAAUGUGCACCGCAUGCCAGUUGAUUCAGUACCCCAAACCAAAGUCAGUGGAGAUUGUGGUGUGUACGCCAUCAAGCACAUCGAACACUUAUUGGGUAGGCUACCACUUGACACGAUUUGCAAUGACAACAUGGAGUUGUUCAGAAACAAAUGGACAGUUGACUUAUGGUAUCAGAAUAUUUUUAAGAAAUUUUUUUGA